UCUCUGCUUCCGCUUCUAAAAUCUGCGGCAAUGGCGAGAAUGGCGUGCCAACAUCUAAUUCCAGCAGCGGCUCUUCCACUGAAGUCAGCUUUCUUCUCUCUCCAAUGGCGCGGCGUUUCAGAAACGGGUCGUUUGAUAGGUUUUCGGAGGCGUUAUUCAUCUUCUUCCUCGAAGAUAAGCAUGAGCUUGAGAGCCGGCAUCGUCGGUCUCCCUAAUGUCGGCAAGUCCACUCUUUUCAAUGCCGUCGUUGAAAAUGGAAAGGCUCAGGCUGCUAAUUUUCCCUUUUGUACCAUAGAGCCAAAUGUUGGUAUUGUUGCUGUUCCUGAUCCCCGUUUACAAGUGUUGUCUGAUCUCAGCAAAUCCAAACGAGCUGUCCCAGCAUCAGUAGAAUUUGUAGAUAUUGCAGGUCUUGUGAAGGGAGCCAGUCAAGGGGAGGUGAGAAUUCUUGGACUAUGCUUACUGGGUUUGGGUAAUAAAUUUUUGUCACAUAUUCGUGAAGUUGAUUCCAUUCUUCAGGUUGUUCGCUGUUUUGAGGAUAAUGACAUUGUUCAUGUGAAUGGAAAAGUUGAUCCAAAGUCUGAUAUUGACGUCAUAAACUUAGAGCUUGCCUUCUCUGAUUUGGACCAGAUUGAGAAAAGAAUGGAGAAGCUCAAAAAAGGCAAGGCUAAAGAUUCACAAUCUAAAGCAAAGGAGGAAGCCGAAAAGUCAGCCCUGGAAAAAAUUCAGCAGGCACUCAUGGAUGGAAAACCAGCACGAACAGUAGCUUUAACUGAUUUUGAGAAAGAUUCUAUAACAAAUCUUUGUCUACUUACAAUGAAACCGGUCAUAUAUGUGGCGAAUGUGGCAGAAUCUGAUCUAGCAGCCUCUGAUGAUAAUCCUUAUGUCAAAGAAGUAAUGAAUAUUGCAUCUGAGUUACAAUCGGGAUUAGUAACAAUCUCAGCACAGGUUGAGGCAGAGCUUUCUGAGCUUCCAUCAGGCGAAAGAACAGAAUAUUUGAAUUCUCUUGGUGUCAAUGAAAGUGGCCUUGGAAAUCUCAUUAGAGCAACAUAUGGCCUUCUAGGGCUACGUACAUACUUUACAUCUGGCGAGAAGGAAACAAAAGCGUGGACUAUUCUUGCAGGGAUGACUGCCCCUCAAGCUGCUGGAGUUAUUCAUUCCGACUUUGAGAAGGGUUUCAUUCGAGCAGAGACGGUUGCUUAUGAUGAUUUUAUUGCUGCUGGUUCAUUUUCAGCUGCAAGGGAGAAAGGGCUUUUGAGAUUGGAGGGGAAGGAUUAUGUUGUACGAGAAGGGGAUGUGAUGCUGUUUCGCUUCAACGUCUGAUCAGAAAAUCUUCUACACUGGAUAAGUGCUCCUUUGCCCAAUCUUGCCAGUCAGUCUUGGGAUAGCCUAUUUUGCAGAAAGGCCACCGUGAUUCUUAUGGAUUGUUGGUGCUUACUCCAUUGAGGUUACAUAUUCUUCAAUUUUUUUAAGGUGUGAUCAUAAGUUUUUCUGGUAAGAUCUUACUGCUGUUGAAGUAUCCUGUUGAUUAUGACCUGUAUCAUAAUUAUACAAAUAUAUAAGAGGUCUUCCACAAGAAGGGAAAGAUCCUGAAAAGGCGAACACUGCGAUUUCAGUGCCUCCUUUUCAUGGUGGGACUCUAUGGAGUAUAUCUGCAUGUUGUAUUAAUUUUGCCAUUUUUUAACAGUUUAUUUCUUGGAAAACCGUACAAGGUUAAUUUGAUGAGAAGAUGUUCCGAGCCUC